AUCUCCCUCUGGUCUGUCAAGGCUUCACACUCCAUUCUCCGGGAUAAAAACAUCUAAACUACAUACUUACUUUAGCAAGAACUUCACUCAUCCAAAACUUUGAGAGUAUUCAGAGACAGCGUUUUUUUGCUGCUGUUUUACGGCGAUGAAGAUUUUAUUUCCCCUCUGGCACAAGUGACAUAUUUUGUCUUAAAUGUGCGCCUGACAAGGCACAUGGGGUUUGGAAUCGACGUGCAUUGUCUGGGAAAACAAGGAGGGCAGAAAGGAUAGCUCAAAAAAAGUGGACUAACAGGAAGUGUCUGUUGCCACUCACUAUAGAGUCCCCACCAUUAACAUGAGUUGGAGUUUCCUGACUCGUCUGCUGGAGGAAAUCCACAACCAUUCCACAUUUGUGGGGAAGAUUUGGCUCACCGUCCUCAUAGUUUUCCGCAUUGUGCUGACAGCAGUAGGUGGCGAGUCCAUCUACUAUGAUGAGCAGAGCAAAUUUGUCUGCAACUCAGGCCAACCGGGCUGUGAGAAUGUGUGCUACGACGCCUUCGCUCCACUCUCACACGUUCGCUUCUGGAUCUUCCAGAUUAUUCUUGUGGCCACACCAUCUCUCAUGUACCUGGGCUAUGCAGUCCACAAAAUUACUCGGGCAGAGGAACAGUCGGACAGUGGGGGGGUGAGUGGAUUUUCGCGGAGAAAAUCCAGGAAGAACUAUCUGGCAGGGAGAAGGCAGCACAGGGGCUUGGAAGAGGCUGAGGAUGACAAUGAGGAAGACCCCAUGAUCUAUGAAAUGGCAGAGGUGGAACACAACAGUGAAGCAGCAAAAGGAAGUUGUGAUGGGCAGGGAAAGGGCAAAGUUCGGCAUGAUGGGCGCCAACGGAUCAAACAGGAUGGGUUGAUGCGCAUUUAUGUAUUUCAGCUUUUGGCCCGCUCUUUACUGGAAGUGGCUUUCCUGUGUGGACAGUAUGCCCUGUAUGGAUUUGCAGUGCCUGCCACAUAUGUUUGUUCAGACCUGCCCUGCCCUCACCAUGUGGACUGCUUUGUAUCACGGCCCACUGAGAAAACUAUCUUCCUCCUCAUCAUGUAUGCAGUCUCCAUUCUCUGUCUGGUACUUAAUAUAUGGGAGCUGCUUCACUUGGGAAUAGGUACCAUCUGUGAGAUUAUACGCUCUCGCCAGUUGCAGGUUGAUGAUGAUGAGCUUUGUGGAUUAACAAAAGGGCCAGAUACUAUUGAGACUGGAUUGAACAGAGAAGAAUACAACAGCUACCCUUUUUCUUGGAGUGCACCAUCAGCUCCACCUGGGUACAACAUCGCCAUCAAGCCUCUUUUGGUUUCUACAGGGACCCGUGACCAGCCACUACCCAUCACCGACCUCACUAACACCAAGAUGGCAUGCAGGCAGAAUCACGUGAACAUUGCCCAAGAGGAGCGUCAGCACUGCUCCAAUAAUGAUGACAACCUGCACAGAGGAGGGAUGGGAGACGCCCCGAGAGGACUUCAUAAGGACGUUGGUCAGCCUCAGAACCGGCUGGAGGCUGACAAACAGGUCUACAACAAGCAGCAGGGCCACACUAACAACCAUAGCAAACGGAAACACCGGCAGGUCUCCAAACAUACCUCAAGCAAAGUAGACGUAGACAGGGGCAGCAGUAGCACCAGUAGUAGCAGCAAAUACGGAGAGAUAAAAGGUUCUGAGUGGAUCUAAAAGACAAACAGUGACUUAUGCAAAUUCAGACUGACGCACGUCAUCAUGAAAGUCACCACUAACUUCUGGAAGAAGUAUACAGUUCAUUUUCAUGAUCAUUUUUGCAUUAAAGAAUUACAUUUAAUAGUUUCCUUGUUACCUUUCAGGUUUGAGCAGAAUUAAAACCAAGCAAUAAAACACAUCUUUCAAGAAAGCAUUGAAGAUGGUAUCAGUGCAGUGUAAAAUGUAACCUUUAAGGCUAUGGCAAA